CCAGAAACCCGCACAGCACACACUUCAUUGGGGAGACAAUGGCCUGAGGUUGUUAUCACUGGACACUUAAUCCAGAGACCCAGAUAGUACUUUGGGGACUUGUGUUUGAAUCCCGUUGCAGCAGACGGCGGAAUUUGAAUUCAAUACAAACCUGGAAUUAAGCGUCUAAUGAUGAGCAUGAAUCUGUUGUCCUUUAAGGGAAGUAAACUGCCAUUCUAGCUUACAUGUAACUCCUGACCCACAGCAAUGUGGUUGACUCUUAACUGCUCUCUGGACAUUUAGGAAUGUGUAAUAAAUAUUACCCUAGCCAGUGAUGCCCUCAUCCCGUGAAUGAAUUUAAAAAGUACGUCAGGAAUUCCUCCUGUAUGCAAUGAUAACUGAUUUGCUUUGCCCAAUCUUUAUGCAGACUGAAGUCACCUGACUCUUGAAGUCAGUGACCUUUCAUCAUAGUUAGAGCUCUCCCUUUCUGCUGGUGUCUUCAAUUUCCUGUUUAGUGCCUUCUGCUAAAAUUACCACACGAGUUAACUGGGGUGUAUAUACAUCGACCACUGUCAAUUUCUGUCCCUUGAUGUUUCUAAACUGUACCCAGACUCCAUUUCACCAGAACUAAUAUCCAUUGUCAUUACCAUAUUAAUUUUAUUCCGUAACCAGCAAUGCUGACCUACCUCCUCCUUCUUGUCAGUCCUUCCAAGAAACUGAAUACCUCUGGAGCCCAGCUUCAGACAUCGUAGAUAUUUUGGUUUCUGAUUUACCAAAACAUCCUGGAUUCUGGAAAAGUCUGAGUUCAGUAGAAAUUAGCAGUUGUAACGCUGCUAUGUAAGAAAGAAGGAGGAACAAAAAUAAGGAAUAAAGCCAGUUAACAUUACUUCAAUCAGUUGGGAAAGUGCUUAAUAAUGUCUCUUCAUUAAGUAUGUUUCAGCAAUGCUUUUAAAACAAAAAUCGUAUCAUCUGAUUAAAUCAACAUGGUCAAUCCAGAAGAAGACAUUCCAUGAUGGAGACAGGGCAGUUGCAGGUAAGUUCAAGGUCACCCUGGGGCCAGGCAUGUUUGACAAUUUCAUUCCUUUUUGAUAGUCAAACAAGUGAGGUCGCAAAGAGGAAACCAACAGCUGCAUAACACUUGGAUUCCCAAGAGGCAUUUUGUAGGGUGUCACACUGGUGGCUAAUAGAUAAGAUAAGGGCUCUGGAACUGAAGGUAAUGUAUGAGCAUGAAUAGAGAGUUGGUGAACAUGCAGGACAUAACAGUAAGUGUUGUUGUGACUGUGAUGAGAGGAGUGCAAAGGAUUCGAAGGUGAAUAUAAAGGUUAAGUUAACCUCAGGGAUGUUUUUCAUGGACUUUCAGGACAGAUGAGACCAUCCAUCCUCUUGACAGCUGACCAGCCAGUCUGGCCACCAAAUAAAUUAAUAGACAUAUUGGUCACAUGUGGGCAGGCCUCCUGGUGCCUUCACCUCCAUGGGCAAUAUACCAGGAAGGCUGUUCAGGGAAGAUGGCGGAGAUGGGAAACUGCAUCCAUGACAUGAUGCCCACGUUUACAAACAAGCCCUCCCGACAUGACAACCGCGCACAUGGAGAUGAAGUGGAAAACAGCAGUGUAAUUAGAACUAACACUAAUUGAAGCGGAGGGAAAGGAGCAAUACCUUCGUGGUAUCACUGUUGGUUGUGAGAAGAGUUUUGAGGUUUGACGAUACUUCACCUUUCUCAUUCCUCAGACUCCAACCCACUUUGAUUCUGAAAGAUUUGACUGUUGUUUCCGGUCAGUCAGCUUGCCGAAGCAGUCAGAUUUCCGUCAUACUACUCAGAAUAAAAAUGGCAUCAGGAGAUGAGCUUCCAUCCCAUCUCACUGUCGAUACCUCCAACGUUCAAAUUCUUAACUCUGAGACCUCAAAAAGACUCGUCGAAAAUUUUGUAAUCGCUCUCAUGAACAAGGAGCGUUUCUACAUCCGCACAUUCUUUUCGACAUACAAAGCAUAUACCACUGCUGAAAGUGUGUUGUACAUCCUCCUGGACAAAUAUGGAAGCUUUGGCACCUCAGAGGCAGAAGAGAUUCCAGUAAUCGAUUCAGUGAGCACAAACGGAAACAAUGAUAACAUUCCGAGCUGUGAGGAGCUUGAAAAUCCAGUGCCUACAGAGACAGUUACAGAGAUCAGAAAGUCCAAAACCUUUGAUGGCCCAAACUCUGAGAAAGAUGAAGAACCAAGUUCACCAAAAGCGACUGCAGAAAUCUCAAAUUCUGGAAAUGUUGACAGUGCAAAUGGUGAGGAAAAUGGAAGUUGUGGUUCUUCAGGAUCCAGUGAAAUAAUUGCUGAAUAUGGAAGCUUUGACACCUCAGAGGCAGAAGAGAUUCCAGUAAUCGAUUCAGUGAGCACAAACAGUGGGAACAAUGCUAACAUUCCGAGCUGUGAGGAGCUUGAAAAUCCAAUUCCUCCAGAGACAGUUGCAGAGAUCAGAAAGUCCAAAACCUUUGACAGCCCAAACUCUGAUAAAGUUGGAGAACCAAGUUCACCGAAAGCGACUGCAGAAAUUUCAAAUUCUGGAAAUGUUGACAGUGCAAAUGGUGAGGAAAAUGGAAGUUGUGGUUCUUCAGGAUCCAGCGAAAUAAUUGCUAAAAGCAUAGACUUCAACAGAUCAAACUUUCUAGAAGAAUAUAAUUUCAGUCCUGCAGAAAAGGAAACACUAAUGAAAAUUGCUAUACCUGAAAUUCUCGAAAUCUGGCUGGAGGAGUCUGCCGAAGACUUUCGUCAAGUUCCAACUUACUCUUGUCUCCGGAAGGUACUUUCCUACUUGAACCAGACAGUGCCGGGGUCAGAUGCUGAACAUCGGGCCCAGAAACUCCUGAGUCGGUUUUUGGCGGAGGAAACAGCAGAGAAAGAGAUGUUCAAAGGCUACCGUAGAAGAGUUAGAUUCUAUAUUGGAGAAGAACACGACCAAACCAUCGAACAAGUUGAUGAAAAGCUCCUGUCCUACCCAUCACGCUUCAUUGCAGAGCAGCUAACUUUUAUGGAUGCUGAUCUUUUUCGGAAACUUGUGCCCAGCCAAUGUUUAGGGUCCAUCUGGUCUCAACGAGGGAAGGAAGCAAAACAGCAUCUGGUAUCAACCGUCCAGGCCACCAUUACACAGUUCAAUAAUGUUACAAAAUGUGUCACCAGCACCAUAUUAAGACCUCAACAGCUGAAACCACGGCACACGGCUAAAAUCAUUGAGAAAUGGGUUGAUGUUGCCCAGGAAUGUAGGACUUUGCAGAAUUUCUCGUCAGUGCAUGCAAUUACCACGGCAUUGCAAUCGAAUAGUGUGUUCAAUUUGAAGAAGACUUGGGCAGCCGUGUCAAAGAGCAGUAAGAUAACAUUUGAAGACCUUUCAAACAAUGAAGAAGAUAACUUUAUUGCAAGUAGAGAGCUGCUGAUGGAGGAUAUCGUUCAGGGAAUUGUGCCGUACCUGGGAACUUUCUUGACAGAAUUUUCAGCGCUGGAUUCGGCUUUCCCGAAUUACCAUUCAAAUGGCUUGAUCAACUUUGACAAGAGACAAAAACUCCUCUGAACUCGAGAAACCGCCAAAGCCCAAAAAGAGUGUGUUUAAACGCCUCAGCUGCCUGUUUUCAAGGAGUGGUGUUAAAGUACACAGCGCUCCAACUAAAAGCUCUGAGCAGCGAGCAACCCUUCAGAAUGAGGAUUCGGACGACAGCAUUACCGCAGCCAGCAUUUUAUCCGAUUC